CGCGUGCACUUUCAAGUCCGAGUCGGUUUCUUUCGAUAACUUUGAUAUUAUGGUAAAAAAAACAAAUCGAUUGUGGUUUAGCGUGGUCUGUACUCUUAUCGACAACGAGUACGCGUCAUCACAGUGGUCAAAAUUUGUUUCGGACUCACGGCUGCGCCUCUAGUCUCCUCGGCAGCCGUUUUUUUGGGGGGGAAGCGUUGCGUGACAUCCCAAAAAAACGGCUGCGGAGGAGACUACUGCGCCUCGUGCGUCCGCAACAUUUUGACCACUGUGAUGACGCUACUCGUUGUCGAUAAGAAUACAGACCAUAUUCGAUUUGUUAAAAUAUGCAAAAUUUUGGAAGGGCGAACAGAGAGGAAACUGGAGUCAAAAACCUGAGCCCCUAAUCUUCUCGUUCAGCGGUUUCAACAAAAAAUUCAAUAUGGCGGACGAAAUGCCAUGACUGACUCGUGAACAGAUCAGAAGGAAAGCAAUAAUCUGUGUACAGUUUGUUUGCUUUUUCUAUUCGUCAUGGAGCUUUCAAAAGAGCUGGACGAAAUUGAUACAGAACUCAAGGAAAUUGAGGCUCAAAUUGAAAGCCUGCUGGAAAGACAACAAUUUCUCCAGUCACGGAAGGAACUGAUUCAAUCUCAGAUAUGUAGCGGACUGGACACAUGCGAGCCUUGCUCGUCCGUGCAGAAGAACGAAAAUGGCCAAAAUUGGUCGGCAAACAAUUUCUCCUGGUCUAAAAAGGUGGACACUGCCAGGAAGGACAUCUUCAAGAUCGAAAAGUUUCGCCCUCUUCAACUGGAGUGUAUUAAUGCUACUAUAGCGGGAACUGAUUGUAUUUUGAUCAUGCCCACCGGAGGUGGGAAAAGCUUGUGCUUUCAACUGCCAGCAGUGAUUUCAAAAGGGGUCACUCUUGUUGUUUCUCCGCUGAUCUCUUUGAUUGAGGACCAGCUUAUGGCUUUGAAUGAACUCAAAAUUGACAGUUCCUUCUUAAAUUCUAACUGUUCCAAGGACGAAGUCAACGCUGUACACCACGCAAUGGUUGACAAGAACUCCGAUUUAAAACUGUUGUAUGUAACACCUGAGAAAAUUGCCAAAAGCAAAAGGUUUAUGGCUAAAUUAGAGAAAACAUAUGAAGGUGGCAGAUUGUCACGAAUUGUAAUAGAUGAAGUUCAUUGCACAAGUCAAUGGGGCCAUGACUUCCGACCUGAUUACAAAAUCCUUGGGAUUUUGAAGCGUCAGUUCCCAGGGGUCCCUAUCUUGGGUCUCACAGCCACAGCUACGACAAAAGUUGUUGAUGAUGUCAAAAAGAUUCUUGGCCUUCAGGAAGAUUGUCUGCUCUUUAAAGCAUCUUUCAACAGACCUAACUUGUUCUAUGAGGUGCGACACAAGCCAUCAAAGCAUGGUGAGUGUAUGGAUGAAAUUCACAAACUGUUGACGCAGAAGUUUCCUGGGCAGUCAGGUAUUGUGUAUUGUUUCUCUCGCAAAGACUCAGUUACCAUUGCUUCAAGUCUUACCUCUCAUGGCAUUAAGGCAGCCUGUUACCAUGGCGAUCUAGAUGGCAAGUCUCGCAGUCAAGUGCAUAGAGCCUGGAGUAGUAAUACAAUACAAGUUGUGGUAGCUACAGUGGCUUUUGGAAUGGGCAUUGAUAAGCCAGAUGUGCGCUUUGUAAUUCAUCACUCCUUGAGCAAAUCCAUGGAGAAUUUCUAUCAAGAAAGUGGGCGUGCUGGAAGAGAUGAUAAAGAGUCCCACUGUAUUUUGUUCUAUCGGCCAUUUGACAUCUUUCAGCAAAGCACUAUGGUCUUUACAGAACAAACAGGUUUGGAGAAUCUGUAUGGAAUGUUGUCUUACUGUCAAGAACAGAAGAAUUGCAGGCGAGCUCUGAUUGGUCGACAUUUUGGAGAGUCCUGGAACCCAGCUGAAUGCCACGAAAUGUGUGACAACUGUAUGAAGAAGACUGCUGACCAAGUAGAUGGGUCAUCUCCUUUUGAAGCCCUCGAUAUAACGAACCACUGUUUAGACCUCCUGAAAAUCCUCCAUCAAGCAGCGUCUCUCUCAGAACGUGUUACCGCCAUUAAACUUGUAGACGCUUGGUGCGGCAAGGGACAGACGAGCCUGCGCAUGCGUGACGUCAAGACUCCGGAUCUUUCGCGCGAGGACUGUGAACGAGUUGUGGUUUAUUUGUUACUGGAGGGUGUGUUGCGCGAGGAUUUUCACUUCACGCCGUAUUCAACUAUUAGCUAUCUCGUGCCAGGGCCUAACGCGAGGUUGGUGCAGAAAGUCGGUAAAAGAGUGUUCAUGGAUUUCAGGGUGGAUUCUCGAUCUAAAAAGAUCAAACAGAAGACGAGCAAGCGAUCACUGAAGUCAUCAAACGUGGCUGGAAAGAGCGAUGCAUUGAGCAAGAAAAGUAAGAUGGAACCUGGGACCAAGACUAACAGAGAGGCAAUCGAUAAUUCUUCGGAUAUGGUCGACGGGGAUUGUGACGACUUCGUCAGUAGUAGUAAACGCCCAAAACGUUCGUCACACAUUGUCGAAUCGGAUGACGACGACAAUGUAAUAUUUCUGGACUAAAACCUUAGCUUCUUCUGGCGACAUUUUUCAUUUCUGAACAGACGUUUCUCUGUUUUCUCUGUUUCACUCAUCUUACAAGUAAAGAAGUUUCAUUGGA